CAAAGCAUGAUUUAAAUUCGCUUUCGAAUCAUAAAUAAAUAUCCAAUUUCAAAUGAUUUCGAUUGCUCAGUGGCUGACCUCUUUUACGGCCGGAGCCUUGGCCUCCGCACAGGCGACUCGUUUUCUAAAAACUGUCAACGAGGAGGAGUCGCCCGCCAAAAUUUCUAGCCAGCUAGAAACUGCUGCCAUCGAUGGACUGGCCACCGAGCAACCGAAGAUCCUGGGCUCCGAACAGAUCAGCAAUGUCAUGCAGCACAUUCUGAGCAGCGAGCGCAGCGCGAGUGGCGUCUACUUGGACGCCAUGCACAACCGGUGUGCCAACAAGCAGGAGUACGCCCUGGGCUCCGAGUCGCUCAACCAAAUGCUGGAGGACAUCAUGACCUCCGCCGGGAGUGUGAGCAGCAGGUCCUUGUCCAUGGAGCCCGCUGUCGAAGCCUAGGAGUUUUUAACACUAGUUUUUUGAACUAACACAAAGUAAAACUUUCUUUUUUCGUUGCUUAGAAUCAAAUGAACCUGUGAGAUUAGGCCAACAUAGUCCACAAUGCUUAUCUCCUUAUCCUUGCCAGUGAAAUGCAAUCCCAGUUUAAAGACCUCCUUGCUGUCCACUUAAUUAACUAAGCCAGAGUCCUUUGGCUUCCAUUUCGAGUGCGGUCCACGCCGCCAACCAACUCCCCAUGUCCUUUGCCCGUUAUCCCCUUUUUCCCCUAUUCCACCACAUGUGGCCCGCUUUUCGACCCUUUG